CUACCAGUGUGUGGGCUCUCCUCUCCUCAGGGCUCAGUAGCAUACGUCCCGCAGCAGGCCUGGAUCCAGAACGCCACGCUGCGGGACAACAUCCUCUUCGGGAAAGACUACAAUGAGCAAAAGUACCGCUGCGUUCUGGAAGCCUGUGCCUUAACUCCUGACCUGGAAGUGCUUCCUGGAGGGGAUAUGACCGAGAUAGGAGAGAAGGGCAUCAAUCUGUCGGGGGGGCAGCGGCAGAGGGUGAGUCUGGCCCGGGCUGUGUACAGCGACACUGACAUCUACCUGCUGGACGACCCGCUGUCCGCUGUGGACGCACACGUAGCCAAACACAUCUUUGACAACCUCAUCGGCCCAGAGGGGUGUCUGAAGGGCAAGACACGUAUUCUGGUGACCCACGGCAUCAGCUUCCUGCCUCAGGUGGAUAACAUCAUUGUGAUUGUGGAUGGCCGGGUGUCAGAGAUGGGCUCCUACCAGGAGCUGCUCAAACAGAACGGGGCCUUCGCAGAGUUCCUCAGGAACUACUCCAUGGAGGACUUCGUGGAGGAGGAAGAGCCCGCUGAGGAGAUAAUUCAGGAUGAAGAACUGUUCCCUGACGACGCCCUUAGCAACCACGCAGACAUGGUGGACAAUGAGCCGGUGGUCAAUGAAACCAAGCGGAAUUUUAUAAGACAGAUCAGCAUCAUAUCAGCAGACGGAGAAAACCCGAGGGGCCGCUCAGUGAGGAGACACAACUGCAGUCAGAAGAAACAUGGGGAGCAACAAGAGAAGAAGAAACCAAACGAGCUGCAGAAACUCAUCCAUGCAGAGACCGCAGAAACAGGCAGAUACUUAUCGGACCUCCUCCAUCCCUACACCCCUUCUCGGAGUCUGCGGUCCUCAGACACAGGCCUGCACUCCAUCCCCCGCUCUCGCCUCCGAACUGUUGGUGACAGGGCGUUCAGUGCUGCGGCCCCCACCCUCUGGAAUGCACUGCCUCCGUGGACAUCUUCAAAUCCUCAUUAA